CCCUUACAACAUCUCAUUUUAUGGUUGGUAUAAGGGUUUGUAUCAUGGGUAAGAUCACUCGCCACAGCACACCAGCCUAGCUUAGCCAGGCAGCUUAGGAGCAGAAAGGCCCCCCUCCCUGAACCCCUCCUCUGACCCCAUUCCCCAGCCCCCCCCAACUCCUGGCCCCACUCCCCCCUCCCCCCGGCCUCCAGUUGCCCAAUUGCUGGGCAGGGGCAGAGGAGGCUGGAGGAGGGGGGGGGGCGGGGAAAAGGCAGACUUCCCAUGGAAGGGCCUUGGGGGAAGGGCCUUCUCACCCUUCCCCUCCCUCUUUCGUCCUCUCCAGCCUCCUGCCCUGCCUCUCUGGAGGUCAGGAGGCAGGGUGAGCCAAGGCAGCAUUUCCAAGCAUCUCUCCUGCUCGGGGCUGGGCCCGAGUCCACCCCGCAGGGUCUAGAGAUGCUGUUUUCAGGGGUGGUGGGAAUGGCUGUCUGGGAGCAAGGCAGGCUACUGCCCCCUCCCUGCCCAGGAAGAAGAGAGGUCAUGGGUCUAGGAAGCUUCUUGGGGGUACAGGUGGCCCCGCUCCAUCCCGGGCCCAGGGCCUUGGGGCCUAGCAUUCUGUCCCUGCACGGAAUUGGGGGGAGGCCAACAAGUUAGUUGUGUUGUGACCUUCAGUUCAAUCCUGUCCCCUUGUGGAAACAGACAGACAGACAGAGAGAGAGAGGUGCUGAGUUCAUGGCAUAGACACACACCACACUUUCUUUUCGCUGUCUCCCCUGGUCUGGGCUUUUUGGGGUUCUUGUGCGCUGAGCUAGCUGUGGGUCCUUGGGGCUUUGAGGAGAGGGUGUCCUGAAUUCCUCCAGCCUCCCUAGCUGGGAGCCAGGGGCCGAGGGCCCUUUUCUUCCCCCCAGAGCCAUGUUAACCACUCUCUGGGUCCCUCCCUACCCCUCCUAGCAUCCUGGUUGGGGGGCACAAGUGUCGUGUGUAGGAGAUAGGGUGCCUGGUUUGGUUGUGACUUUGGGGGCACAGAUGGGCCUCUGCAGAUUUUUGAGGCCCCGUCUCCGGGCCUUUUGCUCUGGAUGACUGAAGUUCUCCCCCGCUCCCCUCAACUCUUCCUCUUGCAAGUCCCCCCCCGGGGCCAUCCCUCCCUCCCCCUGUCUCCAGGCGGUGAGGCAUGUCUGGGUCCCAUAGCCGGGGCUGCUUCUCUGUCCCCCUCCCGUAGUGUAGCUGCCCUGGUGGGUGGGGGGUGGCAAGGGGGGACCAUGCGCGCGCUAAGGGUGCAGGUAAGCAUGGGGGCUCCAGGUAAGCUGCCCUGUGUCCCCCCCCCGGGAAGCCUCCUCCUCGCCAGGCCCCUCAGGAGGACCGAGCCCCCCCCAUCCCGCUCGGUUUGGUCGGACGCUCGCAGAGCCGGCAUUGCGGCUUACAAGCAUGCAGACGGCAAGAAGAUUGAUGGCAGGCGGGUGCUGGUGGAUGUAGAGAGAGGCCGCACGGUGAAGGGCUGGAGGCCCCGCAGACUUGGGGGUGGCCUUGGGGGCACCAGGCGAGGCGGGGCCGAUGUCAACAUCCGGCACUCAGGCAGAGACGACACUUCGCGCUACGAUGAGAGGCCUUGUCCUCCAAGGGACCGGGACAGGGAACGUGAGCGGGAGCGCCGAGAGCGGAGCCGCGAGCGGGACAAGGAGAGGGACCGGCGGCGUUCCAGGUCCCGGGACCGCCGGCGGCGCUCCAGAAGCAGGGAGAAGGAGGAGCGGAGACGCUCCCGGGAGAGAAGUAAGGACAAAGAGCGUGAGCGGAAGCGGCGGAGCAGCCGGAGCCGAGAGAGGGCCCGGCGAGAGCGCGAGCGCAAGGAGGAGCCUCGGGGUGGGGAGGGCCCUGAGCCCCCAGAGGCAGGUGACGCUCCUCCUGAUGAUGGGCCCCUGGGGGAGCCCGGCCCUGAUGGACCAGACAUCCCCGAAGAGAAGGGCCGGGACCGGGACCGGGACCGACGCCGCAGCCACCGUGGUGAGAGGGAGAGGCGGCGGGACCGGGAUAGAGAUCGCGAGCACAAAAGAGGCGACCGGGGUGAAAGGCGGGAUGAAGCCCCCCGUGGUGGGGGUGGCGGCGGCGGCGGCGGCGGUGGCGGCCAGGACAACGGGCUUGAAGGGCUUGGGGCUGAUGGGCGGGACCUCUAUUUGGAGGCCGACGCUGGCGAUGGCUAUCUGGCUCCUGAGAAUGGCUACCUGAUGGAGCCAGCGCCAGAGUGAGCAAACAAGAAUGACCCCCCUCCCCCCCAAAAAAAGAAAAGAAAAAAAAGACCACCAGCCCUUUUUCUCCCAAUCACGUGAAUGUGUCCCUGCCCCUGCUUCCCCUACGGCCCUCUCUGUCCAGACCCUUCUGAUUAUUCAAUAAAAUGGAUUUCCUGCGGAGGUUGCGUGGGUACUGUUUGGAGGAGCUCUUCCCCCAUUGACUGCUGGGGGGGGAGCCCGGACUUCAAAUGCAAGGCCUCCGCUUGGAGUCUUCGUGGAGGGCCUCGGUCCAGCUGUCACAUCUCUGCUUGUCCGGGUUGGUAAAGUAGGAGGGAUUAGGCCAGGCGCUGCUCUCAAGGUUCCCGCUCUGACCUAGUGAGUGGUGCUCUCCGGGGACGCUGGGGGCUUAGCUUCUCCAAAACCAUUCAUGUGAAAAGGGUCUUCCAAAAGGGGAGGGGAGGGAGACGGAGUUGUUGCAGACAUCGGUCUUUGUCGAAAGGGCUCCUUACCGGUCAUUCGGAAAAGGAAGCGAUUACCAAGGGCCCAAAGCUUCCCUCCGACCGAGCAGGGUGGCCACACUGGCUUGCUUUAGUUGGGUUUGUGUUUGUUUUUUGUUUUUUUUUUUUUUAAAUAAAGGGACAAGUCAGGAAUGCUAUCAGUGUAGCCUAGGUGUUACUUAGGUAGGAAAACGAGCCGUGUCUCCUGGGCGAAAGUCCUUGUGGACGAGGUGGGUUAGAUGAUGGUAGGAUUCAUUCGGUUCAGAUUUGGUCUUGUGGCAGACCUCAGUAGUAAAAAAGCCACUAAGAGUUUGAUGUCAACAUGGAAGGUCUCCAGUGCGAUGCCUCCAGGGAACUGUACGUGGCCCUGUGCUGUUUCAUAUUUUUUUAAAUAAAAUUGUAUUGAUAUGUUUUGUUUUUA